AUGGAAGAAAUAGAUGUAAAAUUCUUUACCUAUAUAGAUAUUAGAAAAAAGGAUAUGCGGAAAAUUAUAACAAUGUGUAAUAAAAAAAAACAAAAAAAAAUUUUAAUUAAAAAAUUGAAAAUGAAUUUUGGAGAAAGAAAUAUAAAAAUAAAUGCAAAUAAAAAAAAAACAUUUUUAAGAAUUAAUAACUUUUUACCUGUCGGAAUAAGCAAUGAACAGACAAUUGAGGAAAUAGAAAAUGAUCAAGAAAAUUUUAGAAAAGUUUGGAUGGAAAAAAACACCACUUGUUUAUAUGAUUUAUCAUUGUAUAAUAUAGACAAAAUGAAAAAAAAAAAAAUGGAAAAAAUAGUGACGGAUUUAUUCUAUAAUACAUUAAUUUAUUGUAUAGGAAUAAAUUUGUCUAUUCGUGAAAUAUCUACAUUUUUGUCUAUACAAAAAUACAUUUUUUUAAAGCUUGUAAAUGGUUAUGAAAAUAUAAUAAAUAUUUUUUUACAAUUUAAAAAUAUUAUCCUAAAACAUUCUAUUAAUAGAAAACCGAAUUAUAUUAAAAUUUUUUCAUAUUCAUCCAUCAAGUUAUUAAUUAAAUAUUCAAUGAACAAUUUUUUUAAAAAAUUCGCAUUUUAUAAGUUUAUAUUUAAUCCAAUUUAUAAAAUAAAUUUUGAAUGUCAAACUAAUCAAAUAUUUGACUUUGACAUAUGUGAUGAUCAAUGUUAUGAUAUUAGGGAUACGGAAAAGUUAAAUGAAAAGAUAAAAUUUUAUAAUUUUGAAAACGCUGAAGAGCUUGAUCGAGUCAAGGAUUUAGUAAAACUUAACGUAGGAAAUGUAAGCAAUUUUGAAAAUAAAAAUAAUGAUAACUUCGAAAAAGAUUUUCAAAAUUAUCUUGAUAAAUAUAACAUCAAGAAGGGUCUCAAUAUUUUUGAAGUUAAUAAAUAUAAAAAUGAUAAAAAUUUACAAAAGGUAUUUAAUAGCAUUAAAAAAAAAUCUAAUUACCCAACAAAAUUUUGUGAAAAUUGUGAAGCCCAAAAAAAAAAAAAUUUAGAAAAAGACAUAUCCAAAGAACAACUCAUAAAAAAGAUUAAUAAUUUAUAUAACGAUUUAGAGGAAAGAAUCAUUACGCGAUUAAACAUUCUUUUGGGAAAUUGA